CUCCGAAUUCUGUUCCGAGUGUCGUAAUUAAUUCAUUUCGGCAAACUCCUAGGUACCGUUCUUCGAGAUUCUUAGCAAUUCUCAUUUACCAAAUCAGCUUUUAAUAAAUGAAUAAAUUAAAAUUGUUCUCAAGUCAAAUUGAGUUAUAAUCUGGAUCCACUGUUCUUAUCGGCGUUACCCUUCACCGAAUCCCCUCUACUGUUUGGACACCUUUCCCACAACUCGUAAUAUAGCUCCACUUCUCAUCUUCCCUCAACUGUGAUUGCCAUCCGAUUUUGAUGCAAUAUCUUCGAAUGUCCACGGCGGAGCGUGGUGGAAUAGGUAUAAUUUCAUCUUCUUUGGUCCUGCUUAGGGUUUUGGAUUCUGUCCUUUGAUCGUUCGAUUUAAGCCAUUUUCAAUGAGCGAAUCGAGAAAUUGGCCGGAUGCGCCGGAAGUUGGAUAUACUUACAAAAAUCAGAUGCCGAUUCUGCGGUCCUCGGAUAACCAAGGCGAGGGUUUGGAAGUAAUGAACUUUGGCGCGCAGGAAACCUAUCCGCCACAGAGUGCUACUUCGGGCCCGGCCGCUGGGGAGAAUUAUGGUUUUUUAGAGGCUGUGAGUGUUGGAAGUGAUGCUCAGUCCCCGCAGGCUCAUGGAAAUGGGCCCUCGCUGAGUGCGACCGAACAAAGAGUGAAUUUUCCGCGGAAAUCCAGAAAAGAUACUCCUUUGCCGAGGGCCGCUGAAAUGAUAGCCGAUGCUGCGCAGGAAGUUUCUUUAUCUGAAGUUGCGGGAAAGGAAGGAUUGGAGGGUUCGUUAGGAUGGCAUCAAGAAGUCAGCAUUUCUGAGAGUUCUGGCCCACGGAAUGCUACUUCAGAAGUUGCUGGUAAUGGCUCAAUGGAGAUUUUGCCAAUAGUGCCCGCCAACUGUGGAGAGAAGAGGGUAGGUAGUGUUCUUGCUGUGGCUAUGAGGAAAUAUGCUGUGCCUAAGUCUUCAUGCUACCAUGGAGUGACCAGGUUGAAAUGGAGUGGGAAGUACGAAGCACACCUAUGGGAUAACACCAGUCGAGUAGAAGGAAGUAGGCGUAAGGGGAAGCAUGUUUAUUUGGGCAGCUAUGAAUCUGAGGAGAAGGCAGCUAGGGCACAUGAUCUUGCUGUUCUGAAAUAUUGGGGUCCAAGCCAAACAACCAAGCUAAACUUCCCUGUCUCUGAAUACGAGGAUGAACUUGAGAUUAUGAAAACCAUGACUCAAGAUGAGUAUGUCGCUCAUGUAAAAAGGAAAAGUAGUUGUUUCUCGAGAGGUGCUUCUGCUUACAGAGGAGUGACAAGACGGAAAGAUGGCAAGUGGCAGGCUCGAAUUGGUCGGGUGGGUGAGAGCAGGGAUGUCAAAGACAUUUAUCUUGGAACUUUUGGUACAGAGGAAGAAGCUGCUGAGGCUUAUGACAUUGCGGCAAUUGAGCUGCGAGGCGUGCAUGCUGUUACCAAUUUUGAUAUUAGCAACUACUGCGAGGGAUCUUUCAAGAGAAUAGAGGAACCACCUUGCAAGCUAGAGACAUAG